CGUGGGAGCGCCUGGCGCUGUCUCCUCCCUCUCUCCCCCCUCCCGCGCCCGCGAGCCUCCAGGUUCCUCAGCCGGCCCGCGCCGGGUCAGUGUCAGUCAGGGAGGCGCGCUGCCGAGCGCCGGGUGCAGACGCUCCAUUGCAGUCUCGUUCAGGGGCCGGCGCCUGCACUCGCGCCGCCGCCGGGUGGGAAGGAUGAAGCCGCAGCUACAGCAGCCACCCUAUGAUUGGCUGUGGCUCUUGUGAACCCGGAGUAAAGAUGGCGGGCGGGCAGGCAGUCGCCGCACUGCCCACUAGGAAGAUGGCGGCGCGCCGCAGCCUCAGCGCCCGCGGCCGGGGGGUCCUGCAGGCGGCGGCCGAACGGCUGCUGCCGCUGCUGCUGCUGAGCUGCUGCUGCGGCGCGGGCGGCUGCGCGGCGGCGGGCGAGAGCGAGGAGACGGUGAUCAUCGGGUUGCGGCUGGAGGACACGAACGACGUGUCGUUCAUGGAAGGGGGGGCGCUGCGGGUGAGCGAGCGGACUCGGGUCAAGCUGCGGGUGUACGGGCAGAACAUCAACAACGAGACGUGGUCCCGCAUCGCCUUCACCGAGCACGAGCGGCGGCGCCACGGCCCCGGCGAGCGCGGGCUGGGGGGCCCCGCGCCGCCCGAGCCGGACAGCGGCCCCCAGCGCUGCGGCAUCCGCACGUCCGAUAUCAUCAUCCUGCCCCACAUCAUCCUCAACCGCCGGACCUCGGGCAUCAUCGAGAUAGAGAUAAAGCCGCUGCGGAAGAUGGAGAAGAGCAAGUCCUAUUACCUGUGCACGUCGCUGUCCACGCCGGCCCUGGGCACCGGCGGCGGCCCGGGGUCCGCGGGGGGCACCGUCGGGGGCAAAGGCGGCUCCGGGGUGGCCGGGCUGCCGCCGCCCCCGUGGGCCGAGACCACCUGGAUCUACCACGACGGCGAGGACACCAAGAUGAUCGUGGGCGAGGAGAAGAAGUUCCUGCUGCCCUUCUGGCUGCAGGUGAUCUUCAUUUCGUUGCUCCUGUGCCUGUCGGGCAUGUUCAGCGGCCUCAACCUGGGGCUCAUGGCCCUGGACCCCAUGGAGCUGCGCAUCGUGCAGAACUGCGGCACCGAGAAGGAGAAGAACUACGCCAAGCGCAUCGAGCCCGUGCGCCGGCAGGGCAACUACCUGCUGUGCUCGCUGCUGCUGGGCAACGUGCUGGUCAACACCACGCUCACCAUCCUGCUGGACGACAUCGCCGGCUCCGGCCUGGUGGCCGUGGUGGUCUCCACCAUCGGCAUCGUCAUCUUCGGCGAGAUCGUGCCCCAGGCCAUCUGCUCCCGCCACGGCCUGGCCGUGGGCGCCAACACCAUCUUCCUCACCAAGUUUUUCAUGAUGAUGACCUUCCCCGCUUCUUACCCGGUCAGCAAGCUGCUGGACUGCGUCCUGGGCCAGGAGAUAGGCACCGUCUACAACCGGGAGAAGCUGCUGGAGAUGCUGCGGGUUACGGACCCCUACAACGACCUCGUCAAGGAGGAGCUGAACAUCAUCCAAGGGGCGCUGGAGCUGCGCACCAAGACGGUGGAGGACGUGAUGACCCCCCUCCGGGACUGCUUCAUGAUCACCGGGGAAGCCAUCCUGGACUUCAACACCAUGUCGGAGAUCAUGGAGAGCGGCUACACGCGCAUCCCGGUGUUCGAGGGGGAGCGCUCCAACAUCGUGGAUCUGCUCUUCGUGAAAGACUUGGCCUUCGUGGAUCCGGAUGACUGUACUCCCCUGAAAACCAUCACUAAGUUUUAUAACCACCCCUUGCACUUUGUUUUCAAUGACACCAAGUUGGACGCUAUGCUGGAGGAAUUUAAGAAAGGUAAAUCUCACCUGGCUAUUGUGCAGCGUGUUAACAAUGAAGGAGAGGGGGAUCCAUUUUAUGAAGUCCUGGGGAUUGUCACUUUAGAAGAUGUGAUUGAAGAAAUCAUCAAAUCAGAGAUCCUGGAUGAAACAGACUUAUACACGGAUAACAGAACGAAAAAGAAAGUAGCCCAUCGAGAAAGAAAGCAAGAUUUUUCCGCCUUUAAGCAGACAGACAGCGAGAUGAAGGUUAAAAUAUCACCACAGCUCCUCUUGGCUAUGCACCGUUUCCUAGCAACAGAAGUAGAAGCAUUUAGCCCAUCCCAGAUGUCAGAGAAGAUCCUUCUAAGGCUGCUAAAGCACCCCAAUGUCAUCCAAGAACUGAAGUAUGAUGAGAAGAACAAGAAAGCCCCAGAAUACUACCUCUACCAGCGCAACAAACCUGUAGACUACUUCGUUCUCAUUUUGCAGGGGAAGGUGGAAGUGGAAGCUGGGAAGGAAGGUAUGAAGUUCGAAGCCAGUGCUUUUUCCUAUUACGGUGUAAUGGCCCUCACGGCCUCCCCAGUUCCUUUGUCCCUGUCUCGUACCUUUGUUGUCAGCAGGACAGAGUUGUUAGCAGCAGGUUCUCCAGGUGAAAGCAAGUCCCCUCCUCGGCCAUGUGGCUUGAAUCACUCGGACUCUCUCAGUCGAAGUGACCGGAUGGAUGCCGUCACACCUUCACUGGGGAGCAGCAACAAUCAGCUCAACUCUUCCUUCCUCCAAGUCUACAUCCCAGACUACUCAGUGCGCGCCCUUUCCGAUCUCCAGUUCGUUAAGAUCUCAAGACAGCAAUACCAAAAUGCCUUGAUGGCGUCCCGGAUGGACAAAACUCCUCAGUCUUCGGACAGUGAAAACACUAAAAUUGAAUUGACUCUUACGGAGCUGCACGACGGGUUGCCAGACGAGACGGCCAACCUGCUCAAUGAACAGAAUUGUGUGACGCACACCAAGGCCAAUCACAGCCUACACAACGAAGGCGCCAUCUAGGGCGCCCCUAGGUCUUUCCCCCCACACCCUGGGCCCGGCCACGUGGCCUUGCUCGCCCGACAGUGAAUCCCAUUAGUGUGAGCUUGUGUGCCAUGCUGCGUCCUGCAACAUCCUGAGACCAAAGACUUUGUCCCCUCCCUGGAAGCAGCAGAGGAGGCUGGUGAGGGCAGGAGCGGACAUGAGGGCUGGGGUUUGGUGUUUGAGAUUUUGGAAAUGAACUUCCACCCAAAUAGAAUCAUGUUUAUUUUUUCAGCUGUACCUUUUAUUAUUCACUCUCCUCCUCCUCUGAUUUGCAUGAAGUUGAAAAUUGUUGGGAUUUUUUUUUUCUCAAGAGAUCAUGUUUUUAGAAUGUCUUUUGCAGAGUUUUAAGUUGUCCUGCCUGAACUCUGCCGUGACCCCCAUGAUGUGACCCCAGUAGGAUGGACUUGCCCCUCCAGGGCCUUCCGUGGGCCCCUUCCUCUGUGCCCCAGUGGGUGGCGCUGUCGAACGUGAAGGAUGAAGGAAGAAAGCCUUGCUGCGCGGACCUGCGGAGUCUGGGACGUUGCGGGUGGAGCCUGCACGGGGACCUGCAGCCGCCCCCGAGCUCAGUGUUGCUCUAAGUUAAUGUUUAACUGUGUCCCUUUCCCUCCGAAAGGUCUAACAUGUGCUUGGAAUGUGAUUUUGCUCCCACUCUUAAGGAAUUUUUAUCACCAAAAUGAAUGUUAAUGAAUUUUAA